AUGAACCCAGAGAAAACAGAGGGCAUUCGAGAGACGGCUAGGAUAGAGCCAAUAUUUAACGCACUUGGGGCUUGCAUGAUAGGGAGGACUCUAUACACGGGAUACAAUAGUGCUUUGGUGGGGACUCACGCGGAAAGUGGCCGAAUAGAGGUCGUGAAGGAGGUGGAGAGCGAAAUCGUGAGAGUAUUCCCGGUUUUUGGGGAUGUCCUCAUCUCCACAGUCACAGGGGACGUCUACAUAUACAGCCCGAAUAGUGGCAUGCUUAGAAGCAUCAUGAAGAAUAGCAUCGUGAGAUGUGCUGAUGCCCAGAGCGGUAUGAUUCUCCUGGGGACUGCGGAGGGCUCUGUUUUUCUCGUGAAUGCAGAGACGGAAGAUGUAAUUUUGCACAAAAAAGUGGACGGGUUUGUUUCUGCUGUGAAGUGCGUGGAAAUGGCGUCUGCUAAAAGGCCGUACAAAGUCGGGAGCCAGAUCCUCGCAGUGGGAGACGCCCUGGGGAGUGUGACUCUUUUCAACCUCCACGGAGACGUUAUAUAUAGGGAGACUUCCUGCCACUCGGGAAGUGUUUCCUUCGUUGGGAGCGUGGGAAACAGGAUUCUAACGGCAGGAGGAGAUGGACUCCUGAUUGAGCACGCGAUAGGAAGUGAUAUGCUCGUGCGAAACCUCCAGGCUCCAAUAGUCGCAGGAUCUGCGCUUGGGGAGGCCCUGAUUUUGGCGAGUCCUGACUCCCUGCUCUUCCUGGACCAGGAGAUGAAACUUACCCGGAGGAAAGCCCUGGAUACUCCCGCAGUGAACGGAAUCCACGUCUUCGGGGAGGAGUGCCUCUUGACAACGGAGGAAAGCGAUCUUUUGAUCUGCUCUUUGGAGGAGGAAUUUGCAGAUAGAAUUUUCGUGGGAAAUAACGACGAAAUAACGGAUAUGCUCGUUAAGGGGAAUAGGCUCAUCGUGGGAACAAAUAGCAGGUUUAUCCGGGCAAUGGAAAUAUCCGCAAUUGCAAAGAGCCCCGACACAGAGGCAAGUAAAUGCGCAUUUUUCGGGCAAAUGUUCGCCUCCCAGAAUGCAGACUGCACUCUCUCCCUGUGCGAUGCUGAUGAAACCCACUUUUUCAGCGGGACUAAAGACGGUUAUAUCACGAAGUACGAGGCUCCUUCCAGCAGUACUUCCCCUGUAAGGCCCAUUCUAGACGCAAAAACAGAGUCUCCCGUUACAGCUCUGUGCCUGCACGCGGGAGUCCUCGUUUCCGGGCACGAGUCCGGGAUCGUCAGUGGAUGGAGGGCGGAAGAUCUUUCUCUCCUCUUCACAGCAUCCGUGGGGGAGACGGAAGUAACGGGAAUCUGCAUUUUCAACGGAAAAAUCCACUGCAGCAGCAAGGCAAAGGAGAUCUCCGCCCUGGACUUCACGGGGAAAGUGUGCAGCAAAUUAUCCGGGCACAGGAAGGGGAUUUGGGCCCUUAGCACGCAUGAGAGCGCAAUGCUCAGUGGAUCCGUCGAUGGAACUGCAAGAUUCUGGAAGUCAGGAGCAAGCACAAUCCUGCAGCAUAAUGCAUCCGUUGUUAAGACCCUCCUCGCAGAGAGAGCACUCACAGCAACUUCAGACGGAGUCCUCAGAAUCUGGAACUUGGCAACGCAUAAGGAACUUGCUGCUAUGAGAAUGACGGAGUUGAAAAAUGAGAGAAUUUGGGCAAUGAGAGCAUUCGCAGAGAGAGAGUACAUUUUGUCCGUUGGCCCCUCCAUUUGCCUCGUCAGAGACAGUACGUGGGAGAUCGAGAGGGAGAAAGAGCAGAAAAAGAAGGAGGAGUACUUGGCAAAACAGAGGGCAAUUUCCUACACGAAGGGGGGAAUGCACGUUCUGGCAGCACUCGAGUACUACAGACUGGACAUGCUCAGGGAGGCAGGAAUUGCUCUCCGGGAGGUUAAGCAGGAAGAUGAUAUCUCAGCACUCGUGGAAGCAGUUUCUGCGGAGAUGGAGAAGUUUGCGAAAGUGGCCAUGCGGUGGGUGCGCUCUCUCUCGCUCUUUGGGGUCGUGCAGAGAGUCCUGAGAGAGCUCCUGAAGAGAGAAGCUGCUUUCCCGCGGAAGGAGGGGGAAGAGAUCUCAAAGACUCUCCACAGGACGUCCGAAAUACUGAAUGGGGCGUACUAG